AGUUUAACAAUAAUAAUCGAAAAAAUAUUUAAUUUUGAGAAAAGAAUUAAAGUGUUUUGUUUUUAAUAAAAUUAUUAAAGCUGUCAUUUUCUAUUUUCUUUUGAUUUUUAUUUUGUUUUAUAUCGCUUUGUCAUUUAAUUAUCGUCCAUAUAAUGAUCUCUGUAAAUUCGUGGUUAUUUUUACUUGUAGUAAUAUUUUUAAAUUAUGAUUUUGAUAAUAAAAAAUCUUCAUGUGUUGAUGCAUUUUUCGAUGCAUCGAAAUAUAGAUCAAGACCCGGAAUAAUAAUUGCAGGUCAAAAUUUAUUACAAGCAAGUGCAAAUAACAAUAAUAACGGUAACAACAAUCUAAAUAUUGUUAACGGCAAUAGAAAUAAUGUUAAUAAUAGAAAUAAUAAAAUUAAUAAUCGUAACAAUGCAAACAAUAGCAGUAACAAAAACAGAAAAAAUAAUAAAAGACCAACAUUAAAUCAAAAUCAGUCAAGAGUAAAAAAUAAUAAUAAUAACAAUAAUACAAAAACUAAUCAAGUAAAACGACCUAAGAAUUUGCAAAUUAUAAAUGUCAAACUAUCCCAAUUUGAUUUAAUGGAAACAAAACGGCUUAAUGAGACAUAUUCAAUUCUAAAUAAAUUAAAAAAUUAUGAUUAUUAUAUUACGCAAGACUUAACUCCAACUGAACCAGAUAUUUCUGCACCUGAUUAUCAGUACCCAGAUUCAAAUGAAAAUAUACAACCUCCACCUAAUUUAUAUCCUAUCCCACAGGAAUAUCCAAUAUUGAAUUCUCAAUACGACCCAGCAAUCGAUAUUAUACCUGUAACGGUAUCAUCACAACCCACAACAAUUGCGCCAAUAAAUAAAGUUAAUAACAACAACCAAGAUAAUAGUAAUAAUGAGGACUAUUCAGAUCAAGGCUACAUUUAUCCACAACCACAAUACAAUAAUUUACAAUAUGGACAAAAAAUUUAUACACAACAAUUACCACCGUUAUCUACUCCCUCAUAUAACUUUCAACAACAAAAUCAUCUUAGUAAUAAUAAUAAUAUUGAUAAAAAUGUGCCAGAAUCAUCCCCAAUUUUAACAACACCAACUUUACAAUUAAAUAACUAUGAAUAUAAAAUACAAACAUCAACAUCAUCAUAUGAUCGAAAUUAUGAUUAUAAUCAUGUUACACCAUUAAUAGAACAACAACAAAAAACUACAUCAAAAAGCAGCAACAACAACAACAACAACAGCAGUAUCAAUACCAACAUCAAUCCCAACAACCAAGAUUACUCAAUAAAAGUCCAACAGCUGUACAAGCUAAUAGCAAUAUUGGUGAACACGAUCACUCAAAAGAACAACUAAUCAAUCGUGAAACAAAUUACUAUAGCAGUUUUUUAUUUAACGCUUCACCUGAUAAAAUUGGAUCAUCAAUUUUUGGUUAUCCUUUAAUAGGACUAUUUGAACCAAAUAGUAAUUUAAAUUUUUGGAACAUUUUGGGACGACGG